AUGUCCGCCCCCGAUCAAGAACACCCGCAGCACCCGCAACCCAUAAGCGAACCCCAAUCCCAGACGCAAACGCAAGACCACGCCGUCCAACACAGUACAGGAUCCGAAUCGCAAACCGGCGGCGCAUCAUCAAAAACAGCAGCAGCAGCAGCAGCAGCAGCAGCGGCAGCAACCUCAGCGACAGCGCAAUCAUCACAACAAGCACAACCGCAAGCGCAAAAUUCACAACCGGAACCCCUUCAGCAGCAAUCACAACCGCCCGCCUCGCCCCCGCUCCCCCAAAAACACACCCCCGCGACGCCCGGCCCCCGCGCGGGACGCUUCAUCCAGCUCUACGACGGCGCCCUCUCCAGCACCCUCCGCAAAGUCAGCUACGACAACUUCGCGUCCUGCUUCCCCACCGUCGCCGCCCACGCGCCGAAUACCCUGCGCAACGUCCAGAAGCAAAUGGUGGACUACCUCGAGGAGAGGUGUAACAAAGACUUCCAAUCGAUCCUCGCCGACCGCGAUGUCAUCCGGAAACUCAACGAGCUAGAAAAUCUCGUCAGCGACGCGGACCGCAGAAGACAAGAAGGCGGUGACACGGUCGAAGAACCUGUUCCACCACACGUCCUCCCCCCCGACGAAAUCCUAACAGCCCAUCUCGCCCCGCGCCUCGCGCCCCAACAAUCCACCCUCAACGCCCGCCUCCAAAACACCCAGGCCUCCAACGAGUCCCUCUUCGCCUCCAUCCAGUCCCAGCGCGCGGAAAUCGACGCCCUCCUCGCGCAGCUCGAGGGCCAGGUCGCCGAUAUCGACGGUGCCAACGCCCUGCUGGUGGACGUUGCGCCCGAGUUGGCGGCUGAGGCGCGGGCUUCCGAGGUUGAAAUGGCGGGUAUGUGA